UACAAACAUAUUAAUGAUCCACAUCAUGCACAUCUGUUGCAUCAAGAUCACAAGCUUAGGAACAGUCUAUAUGGCUUAAGUAAUGAACUCAUUACAUCAUUCAAACUCAAGUCCUGAGUUACAUCCAACCUUGGUAAUUUUUCAUGGACCAUGGCAGGAAAGGGCAAGAGAGAUAGCACUGUAUGCAAAUAAACACAUUUGUAUCACAGAGACUAGAGCUGUUAUACCAUAGUAGGGGGCCAUAUGCUUCAUUCAUUCCGUGCUAACAUGCUGCAAGAACAAUCAAUACCAUUCCCCUACUCUUCCGCCCCUAGCCGCACAAUAUCUUUGCUGGUAACAAUCUACAGUAUAGUUUUUGCUAAUUUAAUCCAUUCAGGAAUUUAGCUGUGUUGGAUCAGCUAACUUUCCAGGCAUUAUUCUAUUAAUGCCCCAAUACACUUGUUAAUCAGAUGGUAAAUAACAUAUUUUCCAGUGAACCUGGUAAGAUUAUAAAGGGCAAAUAGAACAAGGUGAGUUUGAAUGGUGUGUAGGGUGCAGGUCACUGAGGGUGAAAGGGGAUGGGAGAACAAGAGCCCAGUGUGUGUGAAAAAGAACAGAGGAACCAAGGCCCUGGCAUGUUAAUGAAGCAUGGCAUUGGGCAGCCAGUGAAGCAAAUGUCCAGGCACUGAAAAAUCACAACAACCUGCGGUGGAUUAUCAGUUUUAUUGCGGGUGCAUACCAUACGGGUGCAAUUCUACUCUGUCAUCAGAGAGAGCAUCCUCACGUCAGUCAUCACUGUCUUGUUUGGUACAGCAUCCUCUCACAAUAUACAAAACCUAAAACUACAGUGAACUCUCAGGAUAGCAGAAAAGGUCUACCAUCACUCCAGGACUUGUACGUGUCCGGGAAAAUGAAGCCAGCAGAAAGAAUCAUUGCAGACUCUACUCACUCUGCAAAUCGCCUGUUCCAAAGGCUCCCUUCUGGAAAGUGUUGUAGGGCUAUCAAAAUAAAAUUUCACACCACCUUAAAAGCUUCUUCCCCCAGGCAGUUAAUAUGGUCAACCACUCUGUUUAGACCACCUCCUACUUAUCUAUCUGUUACACCAGUCGCUACACUGCACUCCAAGCACUUUAAGCCACUUUUUAUAAUUCUGUUUAGAUUGUAAAUUGUGUUUAUUCACAUUUCAUUCCAGAUCCGUACUUCUAAGUUUAUUUUAUGUAAUUCCUUAUUCUUUAUAAUUGUUGAAUGUUGUCAUUUUUAUUGCAUGUCACACCAACACACCACACAGCAAAUUCCUAAUACAUGUAAAUGUAUACGGUGAUUGAUGAUGAUUUUUGAUCUUUUCAAUGUUUUCAGUAUGUUUCCCCAUUAUUUUGACCAAUCAUCUUAAAUAUAUGCGCACAAGUUCUUGAUCUUUCUCUGAAAAGAAAUGCUUAUUGCUGUUCUUUUUUUUUUCAUUUCAUUACUUCUGUCUAGUUCCUGGUAGUCACAAAGCACUUUACUGUUAAUGAAGUGCUUCUGAAUAAUAGACAUUGCUGUGAUAUUGAAUGUGCGGCAGUCAUUCGAACAUAAAUACCACAAAGGGCACAUGGGAUGCAUCUGACAGGAGCGCGCAGAGACCCAGCAAAAGAAAAGGCUAUAACCCAUUUAAAAACCACCUAUCUGACAUUGACCACACCACUCACCUCAAAACCACAGUGGAAGCAAUUCAACUUCAAUCCCAAGGGACUAUGAAGAAGAAAGAUCAAAUAGCUAUACUGUAGCAACAAAUAACAACAACUGUGAUGAUGUCUGGGUAGAGGCAUGAUCCUAGAAGCCUCCUUCAAGUCAAGUUGAAUCAAAUCAAAUUUAUUAUCAUAUGCACAAUUACAGCAAGGACCAAGUACAAUGAAAAGCUUAUUUGGAGCAGCAUCAUGGACACAUAGGCUCAAACAGCAAUGAGCAAAACUUAAGUUAUACAGAAUUUAUACACAAAUCACAUGAGGUAGUGAGGAAAACAAGACUGUACAAAAGAAGACAUCAGUUCAACAGAAAACACAGAGACAUGUCUAUGCUCACACAAAAAGCGGUGCUUAGUUUUCCAUUGCCGAGAUAGGGUGAGGGUUGUGCAGGUUGAUUGAAGAUCCUGAUGGCUGUAGGAAAGUAAUUGUUCUUGAAUCUGUGGUGUUGGAUUUUGAACUUCUGUGUCUCCCGCCUGAUAGCAGCAAUGAGAAGUAAAUAUGUCCUGGCUGAUAUGCUCCUUGAUGAUUAAUGCUGUCUACUUGAGGCAAUGGUGGGGAGAACUUCAACCAUUUCCCAUGUCAUGGGAGGAGAUUACUGGGCUGAUGGAGGAAAAGGUUCAAGGACAUGUCUCAAUUUGCCUUGAUUCCUGGUAAUCUAUGGCCCACAACAAUUUAAAGUGUUGGGAGUGCUUUAGCAAUGGUACUGGAAACAUCUAGUCAAUGGAUGUGGAGGAUACAGAACCCCAGCAAAUGUGCCAUUAUCCAAAUUAUCCACACACCUUUGCUAUCAGACUGCUCCUGCUCCAUUAGUAGAAGAACCUAUGUGUCCCAUGUUGGUGUCAAUGGCCACCUCAGAAUAAACAAAAACAGAGUGAAAGUAAAUCCUCCUCAAUCCAGAGGAAUGGCCCAAGAAGGGAAGAAAAAAAUAUUAGUGAGCACAAUGAAAGAUCUACUGCUUUUCUCACUAGUGCCACCAAUCCUUUUGCAUGUGCCUAAGCAAGCUAUUUGGCUUCCUUGAUUUAUCAACUCAUUCAAGAUAAGACCAUUCCAACAGUGCAAGAUGCCUUCAGUUUAGAGGCUUUAAUGUAAUUUUAAAAAUAAUAUUGCAGAUAUGGGAAUUCAGAAAUAAAAACAGAUCUUGUGAGAAGCACGCAACAGCUCAGAUGGUAUUCCUGGAAAGUGAAACAAAAUUAACAUUUCAGGUCAAAGACAACUGCAAAUAAAGUAAGUAUACCAAGCUGUAUAUUGGCUAACUAAUAAAAAUCAGCAUUAAUAAUACCCAUUGUGGAUAUUAAAGUGUUAAUAAUAAUCUGUUUUGGAGAAAGUAUAGAGGGGGUAUCAGAGGUAGGUUUUUUUUUAACACAGAGAAUGGUGGAUGCUUGGAACAUGUUGCCAGGGCUGGUGGUAUAGUAGGUACAUUAGUAACAAUUACAAGAUUCUUUGAUAAGUACAUGGAUGAAAGGAAAAUGGAGAGCUAUGUGGGAAAGAAGGGUUAGAUUGAUCUUUGAGUUGGUUUAAAUGUUGGCACAAAAUUGUGGGCCAAUGGAAUUAUACUGUGCUUUACCGUUCUAUGUUCUAUGUUUAAUAGUCAUGGGAGAUAGAUUUAUUCAACAUAUAUCUAUAUCAUUCAGACAUUACCCUCCACAAACAAAAGCCUUCCAGCUCCAUUGUCCAAUGUUCUCACAACCUUUAUUACCAAUUACCCUAUUUAUUGUUCUUUAUUUCCUCACCUGUCCAGUAUUUCCAAUGCUGAAUGGUCAACAUUCGGAGUUAGAGCAAAUACGGGUGUUUCAGUUAGUUUUUGUUGCUCUAACAGAAUCAUUUUCAUUGUAGUUAUGGAUUGUGAUUUUACUGGUCAAGAAUGAUGAGAAGUGCAAAUAUCAGGGCACGUUAGCUUAUCAAAUGAAAACAAAAUAGAAGGCAGUGUAUGUCCAAAAAUAAUUUUGUUUUGCAUAAAUGUUCGGGAAAAAGAAAGGAUGUUGGAUUUAUUUUAUUCUAUGGAUAGCCCUAUAUGUAGCAGGGGUUGGGCUCAUAACUUUAGUAGCCAGGGUCUGAGGAAUAUGACAAUGAAUGUAUUUAACUUAAUACCUGGGCAACUCUUCUAGGUGACAACCAAACUAUUCUAAUGAUGGCAUAUUCAAAACACCAUAUAACGCACCUACCAAUGGAGUUAGUUUAUGGAGAGAUGAUUGAGGAAAAAGACAGAUGUAGUGGGCAGAAAAAGAGGUUCAAAAACUCCCUUAUAACAUUGCUGACCCAUAUCAUCUGGAACAACAAGCAUUGGAUCAUCCUAUUUGGUGUACCCACAUAUAAACCAGUGCUUAAUCAAGUGAGGGAGUUAUCAUGGAGAAAACAAAGAGGAAAACGGAUUCUCAACAAUCAAGAAUGAUUGGUUCUGUAGCAUCUCUACACCUUUGUCAAAGUCAAAGUCAAGUUUAUUGCUGUAUGAACAUGUACAUGUAUCAACAGGCGCAAUGAAAAAUUACCUUGCAACAGCACCACAAGAACGUAGUGUCAAAUAUGCACAAGAAAAAACAUAAAUUAGUUAUAAUUUUUACAAGAAAGAGCACAAACUAAAGAAAAACAAGGUAAAUUUUAAUGCAAAGUGAUCAAAUUUGUCAUGCUGUCACUAAUCUGCAAUGAUUAGGGCUGUGUCAGAUGGUUCAAGAACUGAAAGGUUGAAAGGAAGUAUUGUUCAUGAACCUUGUGGUGUGUGACUUCAAGCUUCUGUACCUCCAGCAUGAUGGUAGUUGCGGGAAGAUGGCAUGGCCUGGAUGGUGAGGACCUUUGACGAUGGAUGUUGCCUUCCUGAGACAGCACCUCCCGUAGAUACUACAAAUAGUGGAAAGGGAUAUGUUUAUGAUGUUUUGGGCUGAGUCCAUUAUUCUCUUCAGCUUCUUACCUUUCUGCAUAUUCAGAAUACUCUACCAUACAAUGAUGCAAUUAGUCAGGAUGCCUUCAACAAUGUGAACUUUAAAGCCCAAACUGAGCUUAUCAGUCAUCCGCACUUAACAGCACUACAGCUCGAUGUCAUACGCUUACCCAAGAAGGACUGAUAAACAAUACAUCAAACACUCUCAGGUUGGAGGAGCAACAUGUCAUAUUCCGUUUCGGUAGCCUCCAAACUAAUGGCAUGAACAAUUAUUUCUCCAAAUUCCAUUAAUUUCUCCCCUGCCCCUUUUCUUUUUUUCCAGUCCCCAUUCUGGCUCCCCUCUUCUCCUUGCCUUAAUUCUACAGAUGAAACUGUCCCAAGUACCAUACUCUUUACAUGUUAUUUUUAUAUAUAUAUAUACAGAGAGAGAGAGAGAGAGAGAGAGAGAGAGAGAGAGAGAGAGAGAGAGAGAGAGAGAGAGAGAGAGAGAGAGAGAGAGAGAGAGAGAGAGAGAGAGACUGAUUGCAGAUGUGCAAUAGGGAGAGUCCCACCACAUUAAAUUCCCAGGGUCUAUGUUUCUCUCCCUCUGCAUGCCCUGCAUGCCACCUUGGCUGAACAGAGGAGGACUUUUAUCAAUGGAGUAAGCCAACUGGGCUGCUCCAAAGAGUGCUAUUGGAGGUCAUUCUUACCCUCGGCCAUUAGACUCCGUAAUAAAUCAACCUAUAACCGGAGAAGUGAUGACCCCCUCCUGUUAAACUGUUUGAAGUAACUUAUUUUUUUAUUAUUUCUUACUUCUCUUCUAAUAUUUAUAUACUUGUAUAUCUGUGCACUUGUAAUGCUGCUGUGUCGCUGUAAUUUCCUUUGGGAUCAAUAAAGUAUCUAUCUAUGUAUCUGUGCUUGGAACCGAUUGCAAAAGCAAAAAAAAAAGAGCGGCGAAGCAAUUUCCGGGAUAGGUCAAGAUCUGCUGGAAAUACUCAGCAGGUCGGGCAGCAUUUGUGGAGAGGGAAUCGGAAAAUCAACCUUUGAGGUCGAUGUCCUUUCAUCAAAAAUCCCCAGUAGAGGCGUAAGAGACUGCAGAUGCGGGUACUUUGAUCGACUACAGAUGCUGGAAUAACUCAGAGGAAAAUGGACAGUCGACGUUUUGUGUCGAGAUCUUUCUGGAUUCCUCUGUACUCUGAAGUUAAACGCAAGCCAGCGCGAAGUUUCUUGGAAGGGAAUGGUACAACACCUGUGCACGUAAUGCUGUUGAUUAAGGUGAGAAGGGAUCAAUCGGAGGCGAAGGAAUUCUUCAUAUUCCCUGGAUUCCGUUCCGACUGCUGGCAUUUAUUUGCACACUGAAUUGAAUGUAUUUUGCUAUCAGAAGUUUGAAUGCAGGCGUGUAUUUCAAUACACCUGAAGACAUAGGAGUCUGUAGAGUCCGGAAUCCGGAGCAACAAACUAUAGUAUCUGUUGGCAGAAUUCGGGAGGUCGAGGGGCAUCGGGAUAUGAUGUAGGGUUUCCACCCAACGCUGCAGCCCAUCCGUUCACCAUAUACAUACUGCUGGACCAGCUGGGUUCCUCCAGCAGAUUGUCUGUCGCGUUACAUACACCUGUUCUUAAGCAGUAGGAAUAGUAAUAGUCACGGUAUGGAAACAAAAUAAUGUUUUUAAAACGUCUCUAUCCAAAUUGGUUAAAAACCUCCCUUUUGUACUCUAGCAGAUCUGUUUAACACUUAAAACAAAAUGAAAUGAAAAUGUUGUAUAUUUAUCCGCUGUGUAGAUAGUUUAAGUUUUAAAGAUUCAAGACAGCACACCGUUGAGUGGAUGACGCAGAUUUGUAGGUAAAUCGCUGACUUAUUCAUUCAUCAGGUCUUAUAUUUAAGGAGCGGCAGAAGCGACCAACGAAAGCAGCCGCACUGCACACACACACACACACACACACACACACACAUCACACAUCACACACACACUGAGUCGCAAGUCUUCGCUAUAGCAGUACUCUCAGUCUGAUAGAGACCGAUGGCCGGAAUCAUGGCUUGUUAAAGUCAGAGGGAUGGAAAGAGGCAGAGGAGGGAAAAGAAGAGCGGCAGGGAAUAUUUUUUUUUGGAAAGACGUCAGAGGGUUGAGGGAGGGGUAAGAGGAAGGGGUACCAGUAGAAGAUGAGUACGCGUAGUUUUCAGUUGCUUUCCGACCGGGACACCACAGUCCAGGUGGGUUUCUGGAAUGGGUCCAGCGAGCAUUUGGAUGUUGUUACGGAUAUCCCCUCCAACUACUCGUUCGACGCUUACCAGGAAGAAAGGGAUGCUCGGAUGGUGGUUAUCCAAUUCAUUUAUGCCAUCGUGUGUUUGGUGGGACUCAUCGGGAACUCCAUGGUUAUUUUCGUCAUCCUGAGAUACGCCAAGAUGAAAACGGCCACCAACAUCUACAUUCUGAACCUGGCGAUAGCGGACGAGCUCUUUAUGCUGAGCGUCCCGUUCCUCUCCGCUUCGGCUGCCUUACAACGCUGGCCCUUCGGUUCGCUCAUGUGCCGCACCGUCCUCAGCGUGGAUGGCAUCAACCAGUUCACCAGCGUGUUCUGCCUGACCGUGCUCAGCGUGGACAGGUACGUGGCAGUUGUCCAUCCCAUCAAAGCGGCAAGGUACAGGAGACCCACCAUUGCCAAGAUCAUCAACAUCUGCGUUUGGAUCUUCUCGCUCAUUGUGAUCUUGCCCAUCAUCAUAUUCGCGGGAACUACGCCCAGCGAAGACGGCGGCGUGCACUGUAACUUUCUUUGGCCCCAGCCUUCCUGGUCAGUGGCUUUUGUUAUCUACACUUUCCUGCUGGGUUUCCUGAUCCCCGUCAUUGCCAUCUGCCUCUGCUACAUCCUGAUCAUCGUGAAGAUGAGAGUGGUUGCUUUGAAGGCUGGCUGGCAGCAACGCCGACGGUCCGAGAAAAAGAUCACCCGCAUGGUGUUGAUGGUGGUGACUGUCUUCGUCAUCUGCUGGAUGCCUUUCUACGUUCUACAGUUGGCCAACAUCUUCCUCUCCCUCAACACCACGGUCACCCAAUUGUGCCUUAUCCUCAGCUACGCCAACAGCUGCGCGAACCCGAUCCUUUAUGGCUUUCUCUCUGACAAUUUUAAGAGAUCCUUCCAGAGGAUUCUGUGCUUCCGUUGGCUGGAGAACGGCACCGAGGAGCCAGUAGAUUAUUACGCCACUGCGCUAAAGAGCAGAGUGUGUAGUCCCCUAGAAUUUCAGCCGGGUAACGCCGCUUCUGACCCCGUGUACAGGAAUGGUACUUGCACCUCAAGAACAACCACCUUGUGAAUGUAUUGAAGUUUUGUCCUAAUAACUCUUGACAGCCAUUUUUUUAACAAACGGGUUAAAUAUAUUUUACUAAAGAUUUGUCUGUUGUCGUUGUGUUAUCAUUAUUAUUGUCAGUGUAAGCGUCUGGAUUGUGCAGUUUGGUCUCGGCGAGAAUACGAUGUGGAAAAUUCCGUGUGUCUCUAAUAUUGCUCUCCCAAAUGGGCACAGUCGGUCUCUCUCUCUCUCUCUCUCUCUCUCUCUCUCUCUCUCUCUCUCUCUCUCCCCCCCCCUCCCUCCCUCUCUUUCUCUCUCUUUCUCUCUCUUUCUCCCUCUCUCUCUCCCUCUCUCCCUCUCUCUCUCCCUCUCUCUCUCUCCCCUCUCUCUCUCUUUCUGCCUCCCUCUCUCUCUCUCCCCCCCACCCCCACUCUCUUUUCCUCUCCCACCCUCUCUUUUCACUGUGUGCCCGACUCGCUCCGACUAUUGACUAUAUUCUUAGGAUUUAUCGACAGAUUGCUCUCCUGUUGUUAAAGAGUCCAGUAUAUGUCUCUUUCAAGUCUAAUUAAGAUUUCCAGUUAGCUGCUGUUGCGUUCUGGUGCGCAAUAUUAAACCAUAGAAGUCAAUCACCAAACCGGUAACGUUUUUGUCUCAAGCCAUAAUCACUAAAUGCUUCUGCUGAGGAGUAGUUGUGUUAUAGCGGUAACCUAUUGAUUAAGAUUACAGAAGCGAAAAAUGUAUUUAUUUAUUCUAAUAGUAGCUUGCCAAUUAUAUUGUGACAAUUUAAGUUAAUUUUAUCAUAAAGCGCGCUAAAUUUGUUUCAAGAGGAAAGGGGAAAAUACAGAUUUCUCCUUUGAUUAUGUGGAACCUUUGCCGUACAAAAAAGGACAGAGGCUGAAUGAAUCUCCAACAAUCCCAUUCGACACGAAUAAUGAUGUGCAAAGUUAGAGUAUAAUGGACAGCUUUUAUCUCACAUAUGGAAUUCACUUGUUUUCAGACAUUAUAAUCAUAAAGUUAUUCAGACACUAUCCUUCAGUAAUCUUGUAAUAUUCAGUUUGCAGAAGUGCCUGAAUAAUUCAGACAGCUAACAGAUUGAGAUCAUGUUAAAGGAUCACCUUUCAGACAGAAAACUGUUGCUUGGGAGUAACAGAAAGCUUUUCACUGUCAGCACCUUAUCAGCAUUUGGCGUUCAAAAAUUAUGUGCAUGCAGUUUUCAGAAUGAUGCAUAAUUAGGCAAUUACAAUCAGGCAGUUUGAAGUUAAUGAACAAAAGCAGCAUCAGAUGUGACACAAAAUAUGCCAAAAUAGAAGGAAAAGAUUAGUUUUCAUUAGAUUUUACUGUUGUCUUUUCGCUCCUAAAGAUUACUUGAAUUGAAAAGAUAGAAGGCUGGUUUGGCUGAACUCCCCUCUGUCAUAAACGAAAUCUAUGCACUUAACUUAUUACAAAUCCUAAAGACAAUCAUGGUAACCUUAGAAUAAACUGUUCUCCCAAUAUCCAAAUGUGAACUCAGUGGUGAGUGACAUAUUAAAGUAUGAACUGCUUGUAUAGUAUUGUCUGUAUUAGAGUUAAAAUUUAUACGAGAUUCUGCAGUAGUAAACAAAUUAAUAGCCAUUUUAUCUGGAAGAAAUCCCCUGAUCCAUAUCAAAUGAUGCACAGAAUCUUUUGCAUCAACUAUGAGAGCUUUGGUUUAAUGUCUCAUCAACAAAAAAAAACCAUCACCUCAGAUUGCAGCAAUCCUGAGCCCUCUCUCUGAAGUAUAUCUUGCCAAGAAGCAAGUUGUCCUUGUAACCUAGAAACAAGUGUAUAAUCACUAGAUGUCAUUUAUCUCUGCUACUAAUGAAGCAUCAAAUUGUGUAAAAUAGAUUCUUUCGGUCAUCAAAAUUUCCUUAAGACUGUUAUGACUAUGAUAAAUUUAGAAGAAAGAACUGAAUAUUUCCAUUCAUUUAUAAUCAGAUUAAUAAAGAUGUGCAGAAAUGCAGGUUAAAAGAUAUAUAAAUAUGUGCACUACAAUAAUUUAGUCAAUGAAGUAGACUUUUAAGUUUCAAGUUUCACCACUGGGAGAUUGGGAAAUAAAACAAAAUAAACAUUAUACCAGCAUUGAAUACAGCAUUCAUCUGAUACUGAAAAUUUCCCUAUCUUUUUUUGUACAUCUACCAGAUAUUUAAAAUAUUAUCCUUGCACAAGCCAAAUGUGUCUAUUUACGUGUGUAUCAAAUUGUUCAUGUUGACUCAAUUUUUUUCAUUAUCUUGUUGCACUUGAAGAAAUUGAAAACUUCGAAGGGUUUAAAAUUGCCUUUUAAUUUCAGAAUUUGUAAAAUAUUAUGCAUUUGUGUGGCUCCAAUAGUGUAUGUAGUUCAUAAUAUAUUGGUGAAACUUAAAUAGUUUGAACAAAUUAAUAUAAAAAUGCAGCCAGAUUUUCUUUUUGCUUUUUUAUUUGGUAGACAAAUUCAUGUGAUUUGAAUUAGAUUUAGAUAUUAUUUAUUUUGAACUAUGUUAUCAAAGAUCCUGCAAAGGAAGAAGUAUACAUUAAUAUAAUUAUUUCUACUUUACAUCAUCAUAAAUAAUAAAAGAUGA